UUGAGAAAGGAGUGAGAGAUGUGACCAGAAGAGGCGGUGCGGGAUGUCAGCCCAGGAGCUCACAGUGCGUCUGUGCCAGGAGGGAGACCGGCACCUGAGGCUGGAGGAGCUGCCACUGGCCACUGCCUUCUACCUGGCUGCAUUCAGUUGCCACCCGUCCUCGGUGGUGCAGAGGGCGCAUAGGUCCCUGAGCCAAGAGCAGGCUGGGCAGGUGGUUGCCAUGCUCGAAGCCUGGUGCCGGGGAGAAGCUCAGAUCCCCUCUAUCCACUGGGAUGGCAUGGCCGUGGUCUCCCUCACUGCCGCCUUGGCCGCUGCCUUCCUCGGUGCCCUCCACCCCGACAACGUGGCCGCCUCCCUCUACGGGCUGGCCACCCUGCUGGGGCAGGGGCAGCACGAGGAGGUGGCGGGGCGAUGCAGUGCUCUUCUGGAUGUCCACGGCCCGGGGUCCCUGGAGCUGAGGCUCACACGAGCCCUGGCCUGGAUCCUGUCCGGGGCCAAAGUGGGCGAUGGCAUGGCCGAUUACCUCCAGGCUUUCAUCACCCGCGCCAAGCAGACGGUGGACUUUAUCCACUCUCACCAGCAGGACCACCUCCCCCUGCUCAUCCAGACCUGCCGAGAUUACCUCCUGGAGCAGCAGAAGGCAGAGGCGGCCGGAGGGCAGCGGGCUGCGGAUGGCCACCGCUUCCUGGCCGCCCUGGCCCCCAGAGAGACCCCAGCAUCCCUCGGCCAGGCUGUGGCUCUGCUCAGGACGGGCAGAUUGGAGGAGUGUGUGGCCGUGUGCAGCCAGGUCCUAGAAUCAGCCUCAGCCGCUGGCCAACUCCCAGGGGACACUCCCACCGUCCUGCUGGUCACCCGGGCGGCGGCCUCUUUCUGCCUUGGUCGCCGGAGCCGGGAGAUGCUUCAGGACCUGCAGGAAGCCUUCCGGCUGGAGCCGGACAGUGCCCAGAGGCAAGCGGCGGAGGUGUUCUCCCCCGGGGACAUGGAGCAGAUCCUGGGCCAGGCCCGGGACAUCCUGGAGAGGGACUUUUCCCAUUUCCGAGAGGCGGUGAGAAGCCGCGCCGAGCUCCGCGCCGACGGGGGGAGGGAGCUGCUCCCCCCCAUCAUCCGUACCCUUCGCUUCCUCCUGCGGGUGGCGCCCCCGGGGGCCCGGAGGGAGCUGAGCAUCAGGCUCGUCGACUGCCUGCUGUUGUCCGGCGACGGCCCGGCGGCCCUGGGGCUCUGCGAUGGCCUUCUGCGCUCGGAGCGGCCCACCUAUCUCAGCACCCUGCUCACGCUCCGGGGCUUCUGCAGCCUCCAUUCCGGGGAGGCCGGGCGAGCCCUGGAAGACUUCCAGGCGGUGGUGGAGCACGAGGCCCCCCACCCAGGGAGCUGCGUGAGAGCCCUGUGUGGUCGGGGGCUGCUCCGGCUGCUGGCCGGCAGCCCCUUCCUGGCCGCUCUGGACUACAUCACGGCCUCCAGGCUGAGGCUGCAGGAGGCCGUCUUCACAGUCAAGUCCUACAUCCCCUGGAAUCAGCGGGGACUGCUGCUGAAGGUGCUGCAGGAGGAAGGGCAGAAGAUGCUUCAGAGGAGGACGGAGCCAGCCCCAGGGGGCACCAGUGCCCGCUGCAAGAAGGCCACGGAGGAGGACGGCGGCCUCCCUGGGAAAGAAGGGGACGCCUGUGGGGUUCACCAGCUGGCCGCCCUGCUGAUGGAGCUGGAUGCCAACGAUGAGAUAUCCCGACUUCUGAGUGCAGAUGCGCUCUAUCAAAUGGGCCGUGUUGAAGAUGCUCACAAGACCCUCUUGGUGGCUCUGUCCAAGAGCCCCCAUGCUGCCCCCAUCCUCGCCCGCCUAGCCCUGCUACAGCUACGCAAAGGCUUUUUCUAUGAUGCCAACCAGCUAAUAAAGAAAGUAAUCCAGAUUGGGGACACCUCCUGCCUCCAGCUAAUCAUGGAGAUCUUCAGGGAAGAAGAUCGGAAGCUACUGCAAACUCACUGCCACUCAAGGGCUGUGACGAUCCUGAAGAACAAAGAGGGGGACACAUACACCAAAGAGGCCAUUGCCUACCUCUCUCUUGCCAUCAUUGCCUCAGGAAGCCAAGCCAGGGAAUCUCUCCUGACCAGGGCCCGAUGCUAUGGCCACCUAGGCCAGAAGAAAACAGCCAUUUAUGACUUCAACACCAUUCUUAGGAUUGACCCUACCAAUGUGCAGGCUCUGUGUGGCCGGGCAUUCAUGCAUUUGGUUCUGAAUCAGAAGAAGGAGGCUGUGGACGACAUACUCUCUGCUCUUCUGCUGGACAUGGUGGGCGUGAUUCCGGAGAUCUUGUCCCUGAAGCCAGAAGCCCAGGCCUUCAUUACUCAGGGCCUCUACUCCCACUGCAGAGCUGGCCUGAACCAGCUGGCUUUGGACAGGGGUCUCCCUGGAGAAGAGCCCUCCAAGAAACUGCUGACUAUCGGGGAGGCGCUCAUUAAAAUAGACGCCACAAAACCAAGCUGGCGCAUCCUCCUGGUGGAUGUUUUGAUUUUGACAGGUUGCUAUGAGAAAGCUCUGGAGCACCUACAGGAAGUCCUUGUCCCCAAUCCCAGGUCUGAGCCUGCCCAGGCCCGUCUGGGAUUCCUCCAGUUGAAGAAGAGAGACACCAUGGCUGCCACUCACAACUUACAGUCCCUGGCUGGAAAAGACCCCAAGGAUCUGGGAUUCCUCCUGCAUCUGCUGGAUACCAGGCAGCGGCACAGCCUCUCACAGGCAGCCGCUGAAGAAGGAAAUGCCCUGCAGAAGGAUCAGUGCGCAGAGAAGGCGCUUGGCUAUUAUACCCUGGCCGUCCUAGCCAGCAAUGGGAACCCCAGAUAUCUCCGGCUGAGGGCUUUGUGCCUGUCCCACCUGCAGGACUUCAGCAGAGCGCUCAGAGACUUGGACAAAGUGAUUCAGAAACACACAGCCAGUGACCUCCAGACGCAGGUCGAAGAUUUUUGCUGCAGAGGCCGCCUGCUUUUGGGUCUCUCAGACGAGGCCAGCGCCGUGGAGGAGUUCAUCCGAGCUUUCCAGCUCUCCCCAUCCCUGGCCCUGCGCAAUGUGUCUGCUCAGCCAGGUCCCAAAGCACUGGCUCAGAUGUUUCACCUGGCAGGUCAGCACUGCCUGGAGGAACAGCGCUUCGAGGAUUCAUGGAAGGCAGUCGAGUAUGGCCUCCUCCUGGACGAGAACAGCAGCGACUUGAAGAAACUUCGUGGUAGGAUUAAGAGAGAAGCCUCUUCCGGCUGCAGCAUCCAUUGACUUUCAAGAGAAGGGGAACCCCUCCCCUCCCCUCCAGGAAGCGCCCAUCCUACUUUGUUGGACCAGGGCAGGGCGGCGUGGUCCUUAGACUUCAGACUUUAUCACAGUGGCUGUCCACUUUAAUUCUUCCCUUCCUGACUCGCUGUCAGUUUCUUCUUAGAGGAGGACGUGCUGAUACCCUCAAAUUAACCUGAAUAAUAAGCGUAGUCAUUAGAGCUAUCUUUUACACAGCACUUUGAGGCUUCUUACGUUUUCCAUGUGCUAUUUCUUUUUCAUUAUUAUUAUUUAAUUGAUUAAUUUAGAUUAUUUUUCCAGGAUUACAAAAAUCAUGUUCUUUCCCUCCCCUCCCCCCAACCCCUCCCAUAGCCAUGUACUUUUUCAUUCAAUUACUGCAACAGCCCUGGGAAACUGAUGCUUUCAUCAUCCUCAGAGGAGGUAACUUGGCUGAUAUGACUGGUACCUGUUGGACAGGGGAUUUAAACUCAUUUCUUCCUAACUGUGCCUCCUACCUAGGAAGACAAAUUUAGAUAAGCUAUAGUUGUUUCAGGAGUGGAUAGAGAGACAGACCUAGAGACAGAAGGUCCUGGGUUCAAAUCUCACCUCAGAUGCUUCCUAGCUGUUUGACCCCAGACAAGUCAUUUAGCCCACAUUGCUUGGCCCUUACCCCCUUUCUACCUUGGAACCAAUACACAGUAUUGAUUCUAAGAUGGAAGAUACCAGUUUAAAAAGUAAAUAUAUAUAUAUAUAUAUAUAUAUAUAUAUAUAUAUAUAUAUAAUAUGACCAGUUUCCCAAAGCCAAAUUGCUCACUGAUGCCUUUUGUUGAAAAUAAUGACCGUAGGGCAGCUAAGUGGCUGAGUAGAUUGGGAAUCAAGCCCAAAGACAGAAAGCCCUAGGUUCAGAUAUGACCUCAGACAUUUCCUUGCUAUGUGACUUUGGGCAAGUCACUUACCCCCAUGGCCUAGCCCUUACACUCUUCUGCCUUGCAACCAAUACACAGUAUUGAUUCUAAGAUGGAAGGUGAGGGUUCUUUAAAGAUAUAAUUGGUGACCUCCUGGGACAUAUAGUCUAUUAAGGGGUACAUUGCAUGAUACAGUUGGUGCUUAAUAAAAAUGUAUUGACUGACUUACACCCACAUUUGUUACAAGUUUGUUCCUCCCAUCCAGUGGGAUGGGAGGUGGAAAGGAGAAAUAAAGGAGAUGUUUUUAUGAAAAGAAAAAGAGAAAACAGAAACAAACAUUAGGGCAUAUAGUAACUUACAGUUUAUCAUAAGCUCUAAAACUAAAGGCAAUGUUGGCAAGGGAGGGGAGAGAGUUUCUGCAGGCUGGAGAGAUACUAAGAUUGCCCAGAGGCCCAGCCUACUCCAGAAUCAAAGACUGCUGCUGCUGGACUUAGCAGCCUCCCUCAGCCCCUGCAUCUUAAACUCAGGUCCCAAAGAGCAGGACCCAAAGGGAAUUUCUCCAGUAUGUAAUUUUUCUCUUAUAAGGUCUACCAGCUUUCAAUUGGCCUUAAGGGCAGAAGUACUACAGGUGGCCACCGGAGAUAAGGCAUCUUCUCAAGCAGGUUCUCACCAAGCAUGAAAUUGCCUUUGGUCACAGAAGUCUAAAGUCCAGCUUCCUGGGAAGAAUGGCUCUGGCAGUGUAGAGAACUUCCAAGCCAGCUGGUAGAUACCAACUCACUACCAGUCCUAGUUUAACAGGAGAGUCCACUUAUGCCUUGCUUCAGUUUAGCAUCUUCUUCAGUUAUCUUCCUUCUCUGUUGAUAAACCCAAUCUCUGCUAUGUGGGGCCAUCAGUCUAUCUGCCUUUGCUUGGAAUAAAAUUUAAAAGA